UAUUCCUUUAAAGUGAAAUCCAUACAAUUAGAAUGAACUGUUAAUACUUCUACGUCAUGUUUAGGCAAAUUUAGUAGAUGUCAUAAGACAUCAGAGCUGCCCUAAUACCACUCUUCUUGUGAUAGAUCCUUGUGUUUCUGAGUCAUUGUCAGCCACAGGGUUCUUAAGUCUGAUACAGAUUUCAUAAAAGAUUAAAUGCUAGUUAAUUUUUAGUGAUUCCACCUGCUUUAGCUUUUUGGGUUAGUAGUAUACAUGAACACUUUAUAAUUUUGUGAUAGAGGGUCCAACAUUAAGUCUUGUGAAAUUGAUAGACUUAUGAUACUUAGUAUCAUUUUCUUAAUAGUGGCAAUGGCACAACUGCCCCGAGGAAAAUGGGUAAUUAAAUAUCUCACCACAGUAAUUUAAUUGUAGUGAUGGUGGUGGUAAUUUUGAGUUAAUUAGAAAAUUUUGGUGGUAUUUCCAUUUACAUUUAUAUUGUGCUGCCUUAGUAAAGAAAUGUCACACGCCCAAGCUCAGGAUUCUGAUCUGUUGUUCUUUAUAGCACAUAGCACAUGCUGGGUUUUAAUACCUCCACAGAACCUCUCGGAGAACCUUACCUGAAUUCUGAGGCUGUCCUGUUCAUGUCAUCAGAUGCCCAGGUUGAAUGUAGUCUAAGGAAGACAUACUUUAGCCUUAGCAGUCUGUAGCCCUUGGCCACACCUUGUGCUCACACACUCUUGUGAGCUCCCUGAGGACAAAGGUCAUAUUUGGUCUCCAAAGCCUGCCUCCCAGUGGUUUUUCGAAGAAUCAAGGAAUGAAUGACACUUAUGAGAUUUAACCAGGCAAAUCUAGACAGAGCCAUAUUGGGGAACACAUUUUUUUUUGGAAGUACUUUUUGUAUUUGAAGCAUUUUAAAAACAGAUGCGGGUGUACAUUUAUGAGGCAAGAUAAAGUCAGAAGGAAGUAAUGUUGGAGAAGUUUAGCCAUUGAAAAGUCAGGACUGAUGUUCUCUGGAAGAAGAAUCAGAGGGGUCCCCAGAGUUGAAUACUGAGUAUGCCACUUAAUGCUCUAUGACCUUGGAAAGUCAUUUUGCCUUUGAGCCUCAUUCCUCAUCUCCUAAGAAUGGAUUGUGAGCUCUUUCUUACAAGAAUGUUGUGAGGAUUAAAUGAAAUACAAUGUACGUGAAGCUACCUAACAGUGUCUACAACAAAGCAAGCUCUUGAUCAUUGUUAGUUUCCUCCUUCCUGUUCUUUAUUUGUUUUGCCUGAUUGUGUUGCUAGGAGUAAUUACCUGCUUGGCCAGCAUUACUGCCCUUCCUCUUCUUGUGCAUUCAGAAAUCCCUCAUAGCUUCUUUAUUAUAUCUUGAAUAUACAAUUAAUAGAUUUUUACAGAAGAACUUUUUUGGAAACCCAGGCUCAAAAGGAAAAGGCCCGGGUGUGGAGGUGGAGGAAGGAUUGGACACGUUGCCGGGGAAAGUGAGCGAUCCAUUUAACCAAAGCAGAGAUGUCGGCUUGUUUAUAGGAAUUACUUGAAGCCAGAGUCAUGGUGGAUGUAGGAAAGUGGCCAAUCUUCACUCUGCUUUCACCUCAAGAAAUUGCAUCUAUUCGGAAAGCGUGUGUCUUUGGCACCUCAGCCAAUGAAGCACUCUACGUUACUGACAACGAUGAGGUCUUUGUAUUUGGACUGAACUAUAGUAACUGUCUAGGAACUGGAGAUAACCAGAGUACACUUAUACCCAAAAAGCUGGAAGCCUUAUGUGGAAAGAAGAUCAAAAGCCUUAGUUAUGGGAGUGGACCACAUGUUCUUCUCAGCACUGAAGAUGGAGUUGUUUAUGCCUGGGGCCACAAUGGAUAUAGCCAGCUUGGGAAUGGGACGACCAACCAAGGCAUUGCUCCCAUUCAAGUCUGCACCAAUCUCUUGAUCAAGCAAGUGGUUGAAGUAGCUUGUGGCUCACAUCAUUCAAUGGCUCUGGCAGCUGAUGGAGAGGUGUUUGCUUGGGGAUAUAACAACUGUGGCCAGGUGGGAUCAGGAUCUACUGCAAAUCAACCAACUCCCCGGAAAGUUACAAACUGUUUACAUAUUAAGAGGGUGGUCGGGAUUGCCUGUGGUCAGACCUCGUCCAUGGCUGUUCUGGACAAUGGUGAGGUGUAUGGCUGGGGUUACAAUGGCAAUGGUCAGCUGGGCUUGGGAAACAAUGGCAAUCAGCUGACCCCUGUGAGAGUGGCAGCUUUGCACAGCGUGUGCGUGAACCAGAUUGUCUGCGGCUAUGCACACACUCUAGCACUAACAGACGAGGGCUUGCUCUAUGCCUGGGGAGCUAACACAUAUGGGCAGCUGGGAACUGGCAAUAAAAAUAACCUGCUAAGCCCAGCACACAUCAUGGUGGAGAAAGAAAGGGUAGUAGAGAUUGCAGCCUGCCACUCUGCCCACACGUCUGCUGCUAAGACCCAGGGAGGGCACGUGUACAUGUGGGGCCAGUGCCGGGGCCAGUCUGUGAUCCUGCCGCACCUCACGCACUUCUCCUGCACGGACGACGUGUUCGCCUGCUUCGCCUCUCCCGCCGUCUCGUGGCGCCUCCUGUCUGUAGAACAUGAAGACUUUUUAACAGUUGCAGAGUCACUGAAGAAAGAAUUUGAUAGUCCAGAAACUGCUGAUUUGAAGUUUCGAAUUGAUGGGAAAUAUAUCCACGUCCAUAAAGCUGUUUUGAAAAUCAGGUGUGAGCACUUUCGAUCCAUGUUUCAGUCCUACUGGAAUGAGGACAUGAAGGAAGUGAUAGAAAUAGACCAGUUUUCUUACCCAGUGUAUCGUGCCUUUCUCCAGUACCUCUACACAGAUGCAGUUGAUCUGCCGCCUGAGGAUGCUAUAGGUCUUUUGGAUUUGGCAACGUCUUACUGUGAAAAUAGACUGAAAAAACUUUGUCAGCACAUUAUCAAGCGAGGAAUCACUGUGGAGAAUGCCUUUUCAUUGUUUUCUGCUGCGGUCAGAUAUGAUGCAGAGGAUUUAGAAGAAUUCUGCUUUAAGUUUUGCAUCAAUCAUUUGACAGAAGUGACACAGACUGCAGCAUUUUGGCAAAUGGAUGGCCCUCUGCUAAAGGAAUUCAUUGCUAAAGCCAGUAAAUGUGGAGCCUUUAAGAACUGAAGCCCGAGGCUGCUGGGUUUGUGUGAGUGCUGGGCAGGUGAUGGGAGAUGGUGUGUCGUUUGUGCUCGAGGGGUGAUGUCAUUCUCCGAGUGGGUUUUUUCACGUCCGAGAUACAGGUCUCUGUGUAGGAAUGUAUGAAAGAUGUGCGUCUUUUCCUGAACCCGUUUUAAACAACGCUUGUUUCCAGCUAUGUAUAUUUUAAAUGUGACCUUAUGUUUGGCUGGAACAUUGUUAAAGGGUGAAAAUUUAGCUGGUGGUUUUUUGUUUUUGUUCCUGAUUAGAGGAACUUGUGAACUUGGGAAGGGGAGGUGUGUGGCACUCUCCUGGCUCACAUAUCAGCAACCCUUUUGACAGCAGGAGUUGAGAUCGUGUGUGAGUGGUGAGACAGACACAGAGCCCCCCCCCCCCGCCCAGCAACUGAAGAUGCUGACUUUGGGGCCUGUGGAAGUGCUGCAUUGGUUGCUACUUCAGUAGUCUUACUGUGAAGGAAUAGCUAGGAUCAUUUUAGGCUUUUGUUUGUGGGUUUGCACUAUGGAUGACUUUUUUUAAUUUCACGGUGUAUCAAAAUAAUAUUCAGUUUAAUAUGAAUUCAACCUAUUGAAAUGAUAAUUAUGCAAAGAUAAAUUUCUAGGUCAGCCAAGAUUUCUCUAAGACUUAAGCUCGUAAAGAGUAGUAAAUUAGGACUCUCCAUGAAAAGUUGAUAAUGAAAGAAACUUCAUUUGGACAAAGGUGAAUAUUUUAUAAAUUGGAAUCUUCACUACUAUACAAUGUAAACACUUUUAUUAAGAUAAAAUUUGAGAACUCAAGUUUAAAUUGCCCCGCCCCUUCCCUUGUCAGUGCUAAUCAUAAGAGGGAAACAGUGACAUGCUCCGCGUCCUCUGGCCCUCCUAAAUCAUGGCUGCUGUGCAUCACCCCUGCUGUGGCGCUUCGCACAGCAGCUUCCCCACGGGACUGGAUGAGACCUGCCUUCUCCCUUUGUGUCAGGCAGAGACCAUCCCAGACCGGCUUAGCUGACACUUCUCCAGCUUUCACUUUUGAUUCUCCUCUCCUUUUAAUUGUGUUAGGUAUGAGGUUGAGCAUAAUUUAACUAUGAAAAAGGGUCAAAAUUAUGGGGUAUUUUUGGUCUGGUUAUGAGGUGUGACCUUGGGAGGUAAGAAUGCUCAACUCUGAGUUUUAUCAUGUGUGUCCUUUGAGCUUACGUUAAGAACAAAGCUUUGUUCUGCUCUCUGGCCCACGGACUCAUUUCCGUUUGUAGGGGCUCCCUUAGUGAACUCUUUUCUGUUUGGAAGGUCCCCGAUCUGAACCUGGAGCUUGAAUACAUUUCAGAGCCAAAUUAGCAAGAAGGUGAAGAGAUGCUGCAGAUACUAUUUUUAGCAACGUUUUUAAGUGUGUGUGUGGGGGGGUGGGGUGGAGAUGAGGGCCCAAAGAUAGGAAUUCGUUGAAAGGUGAAAUAACCACCAACCUAGAAGUCCCAGCCCCCUUUUCUUGACCAUGUCACAAGUGAUUGAAGCCUUGCAACAUGGUAGACUUUUUCUUACUAGGUUGAUAAACGCAUAUUGAUUUGAUUAUUAGCUAUGAUGGGUAGUAUUGGUAACAAUCAGUGUUCUGUAGGCUUAUGAUCUGGACAAAACAAGACCUUCGGUAUGUUUACUAUUGUUCCUACUUGAAAAAAAACAUCAAAAAAAAGCACAAAUUAAAGUAGUAGAUCCAUUUGCAUAGUGUUCUUUCAUUCAACAAAUAUUUACUGAGUUCCUAAUAUAGGUGAAGAACCACUUCUCAUAUUACAUUACUGAGUAAUCUGCCUAUGUAUGUAGUGAAGAGAACAGGAAUAAGUCCUUGAAAAAGUACUUCAUUUUUUUUUUUAAUACACUCUUAUUUUUCUACUCGGUUUUGUUGUUAAUCGUAACCUGUUGUUAAGCAGGAGAUAAAAACUAUUCUUUGAAUUGCUUUCUUCAUGAUGUAAUAAUGAAAGCCAAAGUAUUCAUAUUUCUUAAAACAGGCCUAAAAGUACUCUUGAACUUCUUACUGGAACAAUGUUUGAUACUCUAGCAUAUAGGCUGUAUUUAUGUAAUGUUUAGAAUGACAUAGUAAUAAAUAAUCUGUUAAAACAGG